AUGAUACAACAAGUGCAGCAAGCUGUCUUCGAUCCAGAAAGGUUCCUGGUCGAUAUCCAAGAAACAUGUCGCGCGAUCGGUGCUCCAUUAUCCGAGGAAACAAUCCUGAAAGUCCUGGUGGCUUUCCAAGCCAGCUUCGCUCGAGGGGCUGUCUUGUGGAGAACCACCGAUCUCCCUGGAGAUGGUCUCAAUUUUCGAUUUUACGAGCGUGUGUCUAUCGACGCUGUAUCUUGUGCAGUCAACGCCAAACUAUUACAGCCGAAUCAUCCCCUGUCCCAGGUGAUCGUCUCCUGGAGUUCCUUAUACUCGGGAGCUCCGCAACAAUCCUGUGACUUUGAUACCAAGCGAGGCCUUACCAAAAUCUGGGUGUAUCUGGGGGAUAUGCGCCCUCUAAGCGACAUAUUGAGCGCACCCCAUGUUCCUCUGUCUAUACGCAACCACGCAAAGACUUUCUAUAACCUUGGCUUAAAGCUCGUUCGACACGUUGCCGCAGAUUUUACGUCGAACACAGUCAACAUCUACUUUCGUGCGCACGGCCCGUUGACGCUGGAGCGAGCAAGCAGCUUAGUUGGCCUGGCCGACCCUGCCUACCUUCUGACGCGUGGGGAGGUGGCAGAGAUGCGGCGGUUUCUGAACCCCGUGGGAUUUACCUUUGCCGUUACGAUGGAUUAUACCACAGGUGAAAUAAAAAGAGUGGGAGUGUAUGCUCUGAAGCUGGCGCCGGGCACCUACCCACUGAUGGAUGAGAGGUUGAAGAUAUGUCAAGGCAGAGAGGAGCUACUGUGGGGGACUGGUACCAUUGAUGAGACAAUGGAACAGCGCGAUGAGUUCAUAGACGUCCUAUUGAGAGCAAAAUCCCAUUAUUUACAAUCUGAAAGCACGGGCUUCGACUCUAAUUCCGUGUGGUUUGUGACCGGCUGUUCUUCUGGUCUUGGAAAAUCCAUUUCGAAGGCUGUGUAUGACGCUGGCUUUCGCAUCGUGGCAACAGCUCGCUCGACUGCAUCCCUCUCGUACCUGCCCGACGGCCCCAGCGUGCUCAAGCUCUGCCUGGACGUUACGUCCGGCACAUCGAUCGAGGCAGCCCUCGCUGCUGCAGUAAGCCACUUUGGACAGAUUAACGUGGUGAUCAACAAUGCAGGAUACGGGCUCAGAGGGGACACCGAGGCCGUUCCGGAAGAGGAGGCCCGAAACCAGAUGGAAACUAAUUUCUGGGGCCCGGUCCGGAUUACUCGCGGAGCCGUGCGGGUCUUCCGUGAAGUCAAUGGACAGGGCCAAGGGGGAACAGUCGUGCAGAUUUCUUCUCUGGGGGGAUGGAUUGGGUUUCCGGGGAAUGCGUUCUACCAUGCUAGCAAAUUUGCCCUAGAGGGAUUCACUGAAUCCGUGGCCAAGGAGAUGGAUCCAUCGUGGAACGUCAAGUUUCUUCUCGUGCUGCUGGGAGGCGUGCGCACGAACUUCGCUUCGACCAGUGUCUGGGCGACACUACGGCAUCCCGCCUAUGACCACCCCGGCAGUCCCCUCACCCAACUGCUGAAAUAUGUGGCCAAUCCAGCGUCCCAGGACACCCGGAGCGAUCCCAAUAUCUGCGCACGGCUCCUCGUCAACGCGGUGGUCGGCCAGCAAGAGCGACCGCUCCCUGUACGUUUGCUUAUGGGUGCAGAGACCAUUCCCUUAAUACGGGGUGACAUCGAACGGACACUCAAGGAGAUGGAUGACUGGAAAGCGGAGACAGAGGGCUGUUCGCCAAAGGGGGGUGCUCGCCUGGGCGUCUCUGCGUUGAGAUAG